AUGUGACGCGCCGGGGCGCCGCGCCACAUGUUUCUGCACCCGCGAAUGUCACACAGAGUGUGGCCGCGGUCGUGCCACCAGCGCCCCCGGCUGGAGCAGCCUGUACUGCUCCGCCACCUGACAAACAGGGUCGGCAGACCCCCGUGUCUGCUGAACCUCGGACCACUGCAAGCGCAGCUAGGUCCGAAAGUUCUGUGACCGUGCCUGCCGAGCAGGCACCAUCCGCCACCUCACAAGAGGUGAUGGAUACAAGUCCCACUCCUCCGGCGCCUGAGACGCCGAAGGAGAGGCGCAGCUCCUUGGAGCGCACUAAAAAAGAAAGACUGCGCAUUACAGGGCCCCCUAAGGACCCUGGGGCACCGCCGCACCAGACCUCGCCACCAGCCCGGCCUGUGCACAGCAAGCCGAUGGCUAUGGCACCUGCCCCUGAGGUGGUCGCAGCUAAACCUGCUCCACUUCCUCAGACAUUGAGCCCGGCGGCUCCAGGGACGUCGGGUCUCAAGGCCUCGUCACACCAGGCGAGGUCGCAAACUCGGAGUACCAGCCUGCAGACGCGGGCUGCCAGCGCCUCUCGGGAGGCGAUGGACACAACGCCGGCACCACUGGUGCCGACAAGUCGACGCUGCUCAACUGAGCGCGUCAAGAAAGGCAAAAAGCCUAUAACAGGACCGGGAGACGAUCCUGACAUUGAGCCCGGCGGCUCCAGGGACGUCGUGUCUCAAGGCCUCGUCACACCAGGCGAGGUCGCAAACUCGGAGUACCAGCCUGCAGACGCGGGCUGCCAGCGCCUCUCGGGAGGCGAUGGACACAACGCCGGCACCACUGGUGCCGACAAGUCGACGCUGCUCAACUGA